AUGACGUGCCACGAGUGUCCCCAAGACCACGAGAACCCCGAGACUUGCAUUUACAUAGGCUCCACAGGCCCCCGGCUACAUGAUUGGGAGCCCCCUUGUAAGGAAGGAUUUGUGGGCCUGAGCACCGAGGUCGCCUCUGCCCUAGAAACGAAGAGGAUCGUGGCUGCAAAGAAGGACGCGAGGGAGCAACGCGAUCACUUCCGGUUUCCGGUCCCGGCCACACGCCCGACUUCCGGACUUAACCCGUGGCGUCAUUUCCGCCGCGCCCCGCGGGCACGCCGACCAAUAGGAAGCCUCCGCUCGACUCCCUCGCCCGAGGCCCCGCCCCGGAGCGGGCGCGCAGCGACGAUGUGGCUUGCGGGCGGCCGUGCGGGCCGGCGGCUGUGCUCGCUGUGGCGACUCCGGGCCGAGCCCUCGGCCGUGGGGCCGGGGACGCCCGCGGGGCGACUUCUGCCGGGAAGCGCGCUCGGUCGCGCCCGCCGGACUCCGGACUCGGCGCGCGGCUUGCACGGCGCCGCGGAGCCGGGGGUGCCGGCGCCCCGCGAGACCCGCCCGGAGCCCCGCGCUGCAGGUACCGGCCGCAGGGGAGCGGGGUCGGGGACCCGCCAGCAGCCCCGAACCGCCGCCCCGCGGCCGCCCUCUGCCCAGGCCGAGGCCCCGACUUGGGGAUGUCAGCUGCCUGCAGCUCUGAUGCAGAUGGUGUAUGUUCAUACUACACAAGCCAAAUCUAUUGUUUCAGAUCACGCUGGACCCAAGUUUGACAUCGAUGUGCUGGUGUCACUUCUGAGGCAAGAGAAUGCAAGAGAUAUCUGUGUGAUCAGGGUUCCUCCAGAAAUGAAAUACACGGAUUACUUUGUGAUUGGCAGUGGAACAUCCACCCGGCAUUUGCACGCCAUGGCCUACUACAUCGUGAAAACGUACAAAUUCCUGAAAUGUAAAAGUGACCCUCAUGUCAAGAUUGAAGGAAAGGACACGGAUGACUGGCUUUGUGUGGACUUUGGUAGCAUGGUGAUUCAUUUGAUGCUUCCAGAAACCAGAGAACUCUAUGAACUAGAGAAACUAUGGACCCUGCGUGCCUAUGAUGACCAGUUAGCUCAGAUAACACCUGAGACUUUACCUGAAGAUUUUAUUCUUGGAAUAGAAGAUGACGCUUUGUCCUUGACUCCAGUGGAGUUCAAGUAUGAAUAAAAUAAAUAUGAACUGUUUGAGUCA